UGGAUUGGUUUCCUUGGAUCCCAAAAUGGCGGUCUAAUGGAACUGCUCGAUUUGACCAGUAUGUAAACAUUUAAAAUUGUGUUUUUGAGUACAAGAAAGACAUGUUUUCCCUAACAGAGCUCGGAGGAAACUCCACAGAGCUUGGUGAAAUACUUGUCAAGGUCCAGGAUGACUUGCGGCAUCUCAAGGAGACCAUUUCCAAUGCUGGUGGCAGUACAGAGAUCAUUGACUUGAAAGCUCUAGAGAGUGCGAUCACCAGGACAGAGAUCAGUGUCAGGGAAAAAGCUGAGCAAUUUAUUCAAGCCUCUAACAACCAAGUUGUGACAUUGCCAUCUCUGGAAGCUCCUGGAAUCAAACGAACAGAUGCCUUUAGUGGGCAAGCUAAUGAAGUUUCAAGAUCCAAGUCAGAUAAACAGUUAACAAGCUACAAAGGAUUAUUACAGCCUCUGGUUGUUGCAAGAGAAGGGAAUAAACCUGGACCAAAUGCUCCAGCCCCCGGGCAACAGGCAAAGAACCUGCGCAACCUUCAGGUUAUCAGUAACCCCGCCCACCCUGUUGCACGGGACCUUCUGCAUGACAAGUAUGGGGUAGCACUCCCCAACCUAGUGAACAGGAGAGAUGACCAGGAAAAGGCCCCUGGUAAAGUAGUGACUGGUACGAAUGUAGACCAUCUCAGCACUCUCCCUAAAGCCAAUAGAGUCGAUGCCACGAGAACACCACCACCCAUAUCAGAAGACGAUGCCAAAAAGGGAAUCUUAAGCCUGAUAGAAAGAGGACUUAUCCCUCCUGCCGCUGAACUUACUCUAGAGCCAUCUCCAGUACGACACCAUCAAGCUCCUCUACAUGAACUCUCCACGCAAUUCACAAAGGGACGAGCACCUCCUCCUCCUGAUGUCUGUGGAGUGGGCGGAUACAAUCUUGCUGUUGUUAAGAUGGACCCUUCAUCUCUCGCUGAGAAGAAACGUCGAGCUCGUUCCGCUUCUGGACUCCGACCGCCCAAUAACGCAGACGGCUGGACACAGGGAUAUCGCAGGAAGCCCCUCCCGGUCAAAGCAAUAGAAACCUCAGACCAUGUUCCUGCUCCCGUACCCACCCCUGCCAGUGAGCUGAAGAGCGUGCACAAAUUCGUGAUACAAAACGGCAAGACGAGAGUUACCUCACAGGAUUACCUUGAUUUCAAGCAGCACUACUGCCUAUCAUGGGGGAGCAUACUGACUCUGAUAGUGAAGCUGGAGGAGCUUUUUAGUAACUUUAGCGUGCCUAUCGCCUUCAUAGAUGGGGACAGGCUAGCUGACCUAGCUCUCGUAUUUGAACUAGAACAAGAACCAUCUCUUGAGCAUUUUAUGACGUGUAUCCUGAAUGGAGACGAUGUUGAAAAAAUCAUCAGAACGCCGGGGAGGCGGUAUCUUGGCCCAAAUGGAACUGAAAUGGCUGCAAUUAAAAUACAGUCCACCUGGAGACGGCACAAGGAUCGUACGGCGUACCUCAUCUACAGGAAGCAGAAGUGGGCGGCAGGGGUGAUAGCAAUAUCGUGGAUCAUGAACUGCAAGUUGUCAAUGAUCAGGAAACAACUCAAACAGACUCGACUCAACCAACUGGACCGAUUCAGGAUACGAACUAAGAGAUUGAAACAAGAAUGGCCCCGCAUUCAGCAGUCUCGAAGAGUCAUUAUUCACUUACCGUCAAUGGGGUACCCACAGCAUAUCCGUGAUGACCUUAGUAAUAUCAGCCUACUUCAGAACUUGCAAAUGGCGAGACUGUGCGACAUCGCCGACCCAAAGGUUGAGGUGAUCUAUAUCUGCCCGGUGGAAGUUAACGAGGAGGUGUACCAAUACUACGCCAAGCUUUUGGCCAUGAAGGCCCGCCCGCUAAGCUCGACCAAGAAGCCAGGCGAAGAAGACGACAAUAUAGAGAACCGAUAUAAGAUCAUCGUGCCAGACGCCGUAAAUAGCUUUCCGACACACAACAUGAGCCUGUCGUCAAUUCUUAUGUACAGCCCAAGAACCAUCAAAAGGAUAAGAAAUCUGAUCAAAGGUCGGGACGCGUACAUCGUGUCAGGAGUCGUGAACAAAGACGACGUCUACGUGGCAGACUUACUAGACAUCCCCAUCUUAAGUGCGGAGCCCGAAGUGUCCCAGCUAUACUCCACUAAGUCUGGCUCCAAGCGCAUCUUCCGAAGCGGGCAGGUCUCCAUUCCUCCAGGUCAGUUUGACAUCUACAGCCUGCCACAGCUACACGAGAGUCUCUCGCAGCUCGUCACAGAGAACCUGCACGUGGAGAGAUGGAUCUUCAAGAUGGACAGUGAGUUCAACGGCCGUGGCACAGCCUAUUGUGACGUCACGCCUCACCUGAAGUGCUAUUCGUGGGCUCUGAAGGAAUGUCAGCGGUAUGGUGAAAAGUGGGCCAAGAAAUGGGCACACGAGCCCACGCUUAUCAAGGUGUCAGCGGAGAUCCCAGAUAUUCUAUCCCGCCAUGCGCACCCUGUAAAUAGCGAAUUGUAUCCCACAUGGGAAGGAUUCCUGCACGACUUCUUGAAGAGAGGGGGUGUAGUGGAGGCGUGUCCUCCGUCUGAAAGUGUGACGGCUCUUACGGUUGACAUACUCAUCGAACCAACAGGAGACUCCAAGAUCCUCUCCAUGGGCGACCAGAUUCACGCUACAUCACCUCUCAUGUGCUGGGGCUACUCCGUACCCCAGGCUUCGGUCGAGCCCGCGGUCCUCUCAGCGGCCAUCGAGAAGACAACCCUGGCUUGCAAGCUGCGAGGAAUUAUGGGAUACUUUUCUAUAGAUUUUGUUACCUUCAUCGAUCCACAUACGAUGGAACAGCAAGUCUGGGCAGUAGACCUUAAGCUUCAGUACAGUGACAGCAUGGCCAUGACAAAUCUGAUGCUAUACGUGACCGGAGGAGCCAUCGACCCCACACGGGCGUCCUUUGAGGUGCCGGUCAAACGCAAGAGGGAGGAGAGCGGGAGGCGACGGCGACGAAGAGUUACUGAUGAUAAGGAGCCCCCUCCCAAUCCAAACCGUUAUGCGAUAACCAGCACAAGACUGCUGCACUCAAACCUGAGCGUCAUUCACUACAGCGUGUUCUUCCAGAUGUGCCGCGCGCACGGCAUCGGCUACGAUAUUAAGGAAAAGGCUGGCACCAUCUUCACACUUGUGGACAGCUCCAAGCGCGAUCAUCUGGGCAUGUUGGUCAUGAGUGACGAUCUUCAAGGCUCGUUGUCCACCUUCGCUCGUAACCUGUCUGUCAUCCAUCAGGAGAUAUCCGCACCCAACAUGCAAGGGGAGAGUAACUUCCAGUCUGCGAUCGACGACAUUGAUAACAUUCUCGGCACCACCUCAGAAAACGUUGAGAACCCCCCGCCCGCCCGCUCACCCCAGCUACAAGCGCCACGCCCCAAAGAGAUGCAGCGCAUUUUACGUGAACACCAACAAGUCAUGUACGCCGUGGAGAAGGACAAACAAGACAUGAAGGAACAAAAGGAGAAACAAUUACAAGAAGUGGAAGAAACUGUGAAGCAGAACUCAGAACAAGCAGAGCGAGUAUCAGCCGUCCCGAGCAGUGCCCCUCCCCCCUCCCCUGCUCACGCUAUGACCCCGGCAGGGUCUGUAGACGUCCUGGACGCCCCGUCCCCACCGCCUCGGGAACGCGCUGAAAAUGUGAUAAGAAUUCCAAGUGACGAUGGCGUGGCAGAUGUGCAGACCCCAAUUCCGGAUAAGGGCAAAGGCUUAGAUACUGAUGAGACCCCGGAUGAGGGCAAGGGUCCUGAUACGGGCAAUGUUCAAGUUGAAGGAAAUGUUCCGGAUGAAGGCAAGGUCCCGAAUGAAGACAAAGUCCCGGAUGAAGUCAAGGUCCCGGAUGAAGACAAAGUCCCGGAUGAAGUCAAGGUCCCGGAUGAAUUCAAGGUCCCAGAUGAAGUCAAAGUCCCGGAUGAAGUCAAGGUCCCGGAUGAAGUCAAGGUCCCGGAUGAAGUCAAAGUCUCCGAUAAAGCUCCGGAAAAAGCUGAGGGUACUGAUGUUAAAACCCAGGCAACAGAACAUACUGUUGCUGAAGGGGAGGACAAAUCUCUCCCCAUGGAGCAAGGUGGUGGUAAGAACUCCAACCAGACGAGAUCCUCAAGCCAAGCUGCCUCACGGAACUUGCAAAGGCGGGUCUCCUUCUCCUCCGACUCCAAGGAAGAGAAACCGCCAUCAUGAGAAAAAUGACUAUUUUUACACACGUGCACAUUCAUAUGUCCUAAUAUAAAAAGCAUGUAUGUUUCGGUUAAUCGAACCUCCAGGGGUGAUUUAGUGGUGAUUAUUUGAUGAGUAUAACAGCUGCUGUAUCUAUGUAAAUACCUAAUUUUGCAAUAUUUUAAUACUAAUAUUUGAAAGCAUUUGUACACUUUUUAUGUAAAUACACGAUUUUCAUCACUCGAAGACGUAUUUAGAUUGUAUUUUAAAUGGUACAUUUUUCGUGAUUAAAAGAGACUGAUUUGUA